AUGCCGAACAUAUUCGCUGAUCAGAUCGAACGAUUCUGCCAGGGUGUAUCAGACAGGUCGUGCUGGAGACUAUCGGACCAUACACACAACGAUCGAGGUGGUGCCCUGUCAGCUGCUGAGCUCGCAAGUCUGGCCGGGGCAGACCGUGUCGAGGGAUGUUUGUUUGGGAACGGAGAGCGUGCUGGCAACAUGGAUCUGAUCACAUAUGGACUCAAUCGACUAAGUGAUGGCAUAGACUGUGGACUCGACGUCAGCAAGCUACAAGAGGUGCGCCAAGAAUACCAAGACAUUGUGGGAAUACCUAUACACCCGAGAACGCCAUACUCAGGAGAACUUUGUCUCAAAGCGUUCAGUGGUGGGCAUCAGGACGCUAUCGUCAAGGGACUCCGGCGUCGAACAUUGGCAGCUAGCGAUGCCGUCGGUUCAAGCACAUACUGGCCAAAGUGGAGCGUUCCAUACUUUCCGAUCGACCCCGCAGAUAUCGGAUCCAGUCCUGAGGAUAUCAUCGAGAUCAACAACCAGAGCGGGAAGAGUGGUGUAACGUGGGUGUUAGAGUCCCGCCUUGGUCACGAAGUCUCUCGAGAACAUGCCGAGGAGACAACACGCAAGGUGAAGAUGCUCCUCGCUGGUAGACAUAAGGCGAUGGAGGCCGAUGAGAUCUGUCAAAUUUAUCAACAAGUGAUCUCCAAUCACGCCCCUAUCAGACCGUUCUGGGAUCGUGUCGACGCCACAUUGCACCAUGUCCGAAAGGUGCCGGCGACAUGUCCGCUGAGCUACACCUGGACAAGAGAUAUCUACCGGGGUCCUCAGGCUGUAUUGCUAGCCUGCUCGGCGGAACUCCACAAACGUGGCUAUUUUCAAGAAGAACAGGUGAUCCUGCACGUUGUGGACUUGUGUAAUGCAGAUGUUGAAGCUGGGGGCUUGGGCUUCCGUGAUCGUCGCUGGCCAGACUUUUGCCCGGAUGAGUUGAGCCGAUUACUCGAGCUAGUAGAAUCAUGGCUGUUGACUAUCCCUUCGCAGAAAAGUAGUCCUCCGAAGCCGUCACUGCUGCAUAAGCCAAUUAACAGACAACCCAUGACUCUGGCGUCGAAAAUCCUCGCUCAUCACGCCAUCUCUUGUGGUCAGACAAGCCACGUUGCAGUGGGAGAGAUCCUUCGCGUAGACGUCGACUGGAUCAUUGCGAGUGAGCUUUCGUGGAUGGGCAUGAAACGAAGCGUCGCAAAGUUGGGGUUCAAACCCAAAGCGUGGCGAAAUGAUCGCUUCUGGCUCGCUGGAGAUCAUGCCGUGGAUCCACGCAACUAUGAAGAGCCCAAAGUACGCAAUCUCAUAAAUGGCCUAGAGGAGGCAAGACGAGAGCUCAGAAUGACAGAGUAUCAGGGUACCAAUUAUACGAUACUUCAUACGGAGUUCGUAAGGGAGAGAGUCGAGCCUGGCAUGCUAGUUCUCCGUUCAGAUUCGCACACUUGUUCAGCCGGCGCGGCAAGUGCGCUGGCCAUAGGUCUUGGAGCAGCUGAUGUGAUGGCAGCUCUAACGACGGGACAAAAAUGGCUGCGAGUGCCAGAGUCGGUCCGGGUCGAUUUUGGUGGCCGGCCAUCAUGGCAUGUUGGUGGCAAAGACAUUGUCUUGCAUCUACUAGGCCGGCUUAAGCGCAACACGAUAACAACAGAUCGAGUAGUAGAGUUCGGAGGACCUGGGGCUGCAUUGCUAUCUUGUGAUGCUCGAUUUGCCAUUUGCAACAUGUGCACCGAGUUGGGCGCAAUCACGGGCAUUUUUCAACCAGAUGCUGUGACUGAAAGCUUCAUUAAAGGUCGCCAGAAGCGAAUGUACAAGGAGAACUCGUUGUUCUUCGCUGCCGACAGUGAUGCACCAUACUCACAUCACACCACCAUAGACCUAAGCGAAGUGCAGUCAUACAUUGCUUUGUACCCGAACCCGGAUGAUGUUCAACCAGUGUCUAUGCACCUUGGCAUGGAAUUCGAUGGCAUAUUCAUAGGGGCGUGUACGACUACAGAAGAGGACCUUGUGCUUGCAGGAUUGAUACUGCGAGCGGGGUUGGCCAGAGGGCUCCCUUUGUCAGCUGGGAGACGCAUUGUGGUCCCGGGUAGCUUGCCCAUUGUAUGCAAUCUGCGCAAGCUAGGGCUGGUUGAUGUAUUCGCACGCAGUGGUUACGAACAGCCUGCGCCGAGCUGCAGCUUAUGCCUUGGCAUUGGCGCAGAUGUAGCGCCGUCCGGCACCAAAUGGCUCACGACACAAAAUCGAAAUUUUGAGAACAGGAUGGGGAAAGGAGCCAUUGGAUACUUGUGCUCUGCUGCUGUAGCGGCAGCCUCUUUUUUUUCCAUGGCUUUGACAGAUCCUUCGGAGUUGCUGGACGACAUUUCCUCCGACGAAUAUCAAGACUGCCUAAUGCAGAUAUCCUCAUCCAAACGUAAGAUAACAACAUCCAGCGAAGGCUUGCAGUACAGCGAGCCACGUCUCAGUGGAUGCGUUGUCGCCCCAUUGCCAAGCCACGCCAUGGUGAAGCCGCCUCCAAGGCAAGCAUAUCCUGCUGUACAAUCUCGUGUAUACCAGCUCGGUGAUUUUGUAGACACCGAUGCCGUAAGAUCCACUUCCCGGGAUGUAGAAUUGCCAGGUACUGAUGUCGAAGUUCAGAUCAUACCAGCAAAAGCCUGCCUAGGAAGCCCUAGCGACGAAACGCUUGGGGAUCACUGCUUGGAGAUCUACAAGCCCGAAUUUCGUGACAGCGUACGCAACGGUCUGGCAGUGGUGGUAGCUGGCAAAGCUUUUGGAUGUGGAUCGUCACGGGAAGAGGCCGCUCGAGCACUGAAAGGCCUUGGUAUCAAGUGCGUGAUUGCCCGGUCGUUCUCGUACAUCUUCUCGCGCAAUAUGUUCAAUAUCGGCAUGCUUGCCAUCACCAUUGAUGCGGAUGACUUUUUCGCUGCAGCAGUCCAUGGGGAGCAGAUUACCAUCGACAUGGAUCAAGAGGCGAUCUCGGUAAAUCAUCACACAUGGGCAUUCGCCUUGGGAGAUAUCGAGCAUGGUGUUUUCCGUGCAGGCGGCUUGGGAGUAACUCUACACGGUCAUAGCGAAGAGCUGUCUGCACAACAAGAGCCCACCGACGUGGUCAAGAAUGCUGAACAAAUGGAAUCCUGCUCGAGCUUAGGUCGGAACAGCAGCAUCUCCACCAAAGCCACGGGUUCAAAAUGGGUACGUAGCCUUGAUGAUCUGUCAUGGUGA